AUCUUCAUUGAUCUAUCGUCACCAUCACAAAACCCUCUCUUUGUCGCCCAUUUUUCUCCUUGUAUUCUAAUCCGAAGAAACCGCUUUUCUAUGAGGAUUCAUCCCUCUCAUUCCCCUACCCUUUUUAUUUAUUUAUUAGGUACAAGAUUGGGGUAGGUGGGGUUUUGGGAAGAAGGAGAAAGGAAUAGCAAGCAAAGGGCAGUCCCAGCCCUUUUCUCCUAAUCCAUGGGCCGCCGGAAGCGUAACCCUACCCAGCGACCCGCCAUCGCCGAUGCCUCCUCCCCCUCCCCGGUGGCCUAUGAUGGCGCCCAGCGCCCCGCCCCUCCCCCAUCCGAUCACAAGGAACGGCCCGCCGCCGCCGCCGUCGCCGAGGUUGACGCCGCCGUGAAGGUGGAGUGCGAGCGGGCGCUGACGGCCCUCCGGCGGGGGAACCACAAGAAGGCCCUCCGGCUGAUGCGGGACGCGUGCGUCCAGCACGAGUCCUCCCCGCUCCUCCACCGUGUCCACGGCACCAUCCUGGUGAAGGUCGCCGCCCUCCUCGACGACCCCAACGCGAAGCUCCGCCACCUCCGCGCCGCCAUCGACUCCGCUCGCCGCGCCGUCGCCCUCUCCCCUUCCUCCAUCGAGUUCGCCCACUUCUACGCGAACCUCCUCUACGAGGCCGCCACCGAUGGCCGGGGAUACGACGAGGUCCUCCAAGAGUGCGAGCGCGCCCUCAGCAUCUCGGAUCCCAUCGACCCCGCCCGCGAGAGCCUCCAGGACGAGGCCCACCACAAGCUCUCCACCCCCGAGGCCCGGAUCGACCAGGUCCGUCAGGAGCUCCGCGCCCUUAACCACAAGUCCAACAUCGCCUCCAUCUCCAGCUGGAUGAAGAACCUCGGCGGCGCCGGCGAGGAGAAGUUCCGGGUCAUUCCCAUGCGCCAC